UCCCACCAUUCCCCAGUGUAGGUUCUGAAAGCAGGGUCCGAAAUUCCAACGCCAACAAGAAACGGUUUUCAAGGCGCAAUCAGGCGUAACUGUAACAACACUAGGUACAGUCGGACUUGCGGAAUCGUUCGUUUCCACGGGUUAUUCCGAAAGCAGCAAUCCGUGGAAAUUAGCGGCGGUUGUUAGACGGAUUCUCCCAGGAAACAAGGCAGCGGCACGGUUUAGUCUCCUUAGCAGCGUAGUACGCGAGGGCACUCGAAACUCUAGGUGAUGACAAGACCGCAUAUCGUGGCGCUGCAGAGCAGAGAAAACGUCCCAGAGACGCAAAUCGUGCAGACUUUAUCACCAAGAGUGUGCACAGACCCAGACGCGCGAGCCAGGAGGCCACUGGUGGGACAGCACACCUCUGGGAAUUGCAGCGUUGAAAUGGGUGCGGCGGGAGGUUUCAACGGUGUGGGUGGUGGUAGAUCCACGGUCGGACGGCUGGCAGAGGGCAUGACGGCUGGCGGGAAGAGGAGCCGUAGCAUGGGGAACAUGGGCGGCAGGAUCGAGGAAGGAGGUAUGGGAACCAUGGGAGCGGGAAACAAGGAAGGAGGUGUGGGUACUAGUGCCGUGAGAUCGGGGGGCACGAUCUGCGAGUGCGUGAGCUGGCUGAGCCAGCGAAGCGCCGCUGCUUCUCACCAGGCUGCUGCUAUUGCUGCUGCUGCGUCGUGCUGUGACGGCUGCCGAGGAACCCAGCGCACCGGCCUGGUGGCGGAGCAUCAAGGAAAGAAGAGAGUGCGUCGCGAGGCCGAGUCUCUGGACUCUUCCCCCGGGGAGAAAGACGUGUGGACUCGUAACGACCUCGAGCUGCCGCAGCAGCAGCAGCAGCAGCAGCAGCAGCGGAAGGAGCAACGGCAGCAACAGCAGCAGCAACAGCAGCAGCAGCGGCAGCAGCCGGAAAAGCAAGCACAAACAGCCCAGCUACACAGCUCUUCGCCAGGGCAAGAGGCAGCACCUUUCCAAGCCCACACUUCUUAUCCCUCAACCUCUGAGAACAUUACCUUCUCUAGCUUUCGGAAGCCGAUGGAACUCAGCCCUGCUGCUUUGAUGCUAUCCCCCCAUACUCUGCCCCCUCAAGUUCUCUCCCCCCAUGCUAUGGCCGCAAGCCAGCAUGUGUCAGGGGAACCGGGUACAUCGGCUGGCAGCAGCAGCCAGGCAGAGCACACGCGGGUGGUGCUGCUGACAGUGCUGUGCGCGGCGCUACAGGAGUUGCUGCGACGGGCGCAGAGGGAAGCUGCUGCUUCCGUCUCUGCUGCUGCUUCUGCUUCUGUGAAUGAGCCCUCAGCUGCGCCACAGCAAGGGGUUCUUGUCCUGCAGCAGAUCCUGCAGCGCUAUCUAUCGACUGCAAGACCGUCCAGUUCAGAGGGGCCUGAUGUGGACAUCCUCCAGCGGGUUCUGGAGCUGUUCUCACCCUCUGCUGCAGCUGCUACCGCUAGCAAUGUCACUGCUACUGGUGCUAACGAUGGCGCUGCUACGGGCGCUAUCGAUGGCACUGGUUCUAGUCAGGGUCUCUCAAGCCCUACUGGUUCUUCUUCUAGCGCGUGUGCUUUUAGCGAUGCCACUUGUGCAGCUGUCAGAGGCGCGGGUGCAUCGCCUUCAUCAGCAGCAGCAGCAGCAGCACCACCACCACCACCAUCGAUAGUGCCUGCUCGGAAGUACAGGGGAGUAAGGCAGAGGGGACCGGGGAAGUGGGUGGCAGAGAUCGAAGAUGCCGCCCGGAACAUCCGCCGGUGGCUCGGAACUUUCUCCUCGCCCGAAGCUGCUGCCCGAGCCUUCGACAAAGCUGCCCGGGAGCUCCGCGGCCCGAAUGCAAAGACGAAUUUUCCGCUGCCCGGCGAGCCAAAUCGGGCAGCUCGUCAACAAACGUCCGGGGGCAGGAAUUCCAGAGUGAAAUUCGCAGUGCAGAGAGAGGUUGACCUCCCAGGUGUGGACUCAAGCAACGGAGGGUGGUUAUACUGCAGGCCGCAAGUCCCGCUAGAAACGCUGCAGAUCCCCCCUCCUGGCGACGUUGCGGCGGCAGUCAUAUCCCAGCAGCUCAACCUUGGUGGUUGCAGACCUCUGGUGGCUAAACGGGUUGGAUCAGCUGGGUUGAGUUUUGAGCCACUGCGAACGGCACGUCAGUCUCUGGUGGGUGAGACGGCUGCAGGUGAAUCGCACAGUCAUGCCACCCACGAGCAGGCUCGCUUUUCUGGUGGAAUGGCCCAGCAGCAGCCGAAUCACCUGCAAUUGAAUGAGCAGCCAACAGCCCAGUACCAGAGGCAUCAGCAGGAGAGAGAAGCCAUGAUACAGCAAGAGGUGGUGGGAAAUGCUCUUAUGAGUGAACCCCAGAGUUCCCUCCCUGUGGCAUUUCCCCCUGCAGCUUUGGCACAAGCACCGCCUCCUCAACCGCACUGCACCAUUGCAAACCUCCUGGCAAAAAUGGUCACUGACAGGGAGGUCAAGGGUGAGAAGUUUGAGAAGGGUGGUGGUUCUACAGGGGAGGAGUUGUGUGAGGGAAGCUCCCCCUUGACCGUUCCUGAUGAUUGUGAUUGGGCGGCGUUAGUAUUGGGAUGUUGUGAUGAUAGUGGUGGGUGGGGUGAGAUGCACUAGAGAUCAGUUGCGUUUUCAGGGUGGCUGCACUAGACACCGGCACUUAAUGACAAUUUGUUUUGUUUUGAACUCAAACCAUAACCU